AGAGAGCAGCAGCACUGGGAGUGAAGAGAGGAGCUCGGAGUGGAUACUUUCUUUCUUUUCUUUUCUUUUCUUUGGAAACCUUUGAAGCUGCCGGGGAUCCGCCGGGCACGCGCCUGCUCCUCCGUGCGUCGUCGCGCGGGUUCACGAUGAGGAGCGAGCCCGUUCUGUUCGGCUCCAGCCGGGCCAUGGAGGAGCUGGUGUGUGAGCUUCGUCUGUUCCUGGACUUGCUGGACCGGGAGUACCUGAGCGCCGGGGUCCGGGAGAAGAAGACGCACCUGUCCAACAUCCUGCACCGAGUCCUGUCGGACAAAGAGCCGUCCUUCAAGUCGGAGAUCCACAGCGGCCUGCCCGCCCCGCCCCAGAUGCCCCUCCCAGAGAUCCCCCACCCCUGGCUGCCCCCCAGCAGCGGCCCUCCCCCGCUGCCCAGCUCCUCCCUCCCAGAAGGCUACUACGAAGAGGCGGUUCCUCUGAGUCCGGGGAAGGCUCCGGAGUACAUCACCUCCAACUACGACUCGGACGCCAUGAGCAGCUCCUACGAGUCGUACGACGAGGAGGAGGAGGACGGCAAGGGCCAGAAGAUGCGCCACCAGUGGCCGUCGGAGGAGGCGUCCAUGGACCUGGUGAAGGACGCCCGGAUCUGCGCCUUCCUGCUGCGCAAGAAGCGCUUCGGCCAGUGGACCAAGCUGCUGUGCGUCAUCAAGGACAACAAGCUGCUGUGCUACAAGUCCUCCAAAGACCAGACCCCUCAGAUGGAGCUCAGCCUGUCCGGGUGCAGCAUCACCCACGUCCCCAAAGACGGCAAGAAGAAGAAGCACGAGCUGAGGAUCGUCCACCAGGCGGACGCCCUGGUGCUGGCCGUGCAGAGCAAGGAGCAGGCCGAGGAGUGGCUCAAGGUGAUGAGAGAGGUUUGCAUCAAUGGGAGCUUUGACUCGGACCCGGCGAGAUCUGGAUCACCGGUGCACAAGCCCGAGCUGGAGAAGAAGGCGUCGAGCGACCGGCCCAGCUCGGACGGCGAAGCUCCUCACGAGAACGGACAGAGCGACUGUAAGGACCAAGGAAAGGGGAAGAAGAGCUCGAAGUCGGAGCAGAAGGCGGGAACCGUCGGGAAGGGAGCGGGCAAGAAGAUCACCAAGAUCAUCGGUCUGGGGAAGAAGAAGCCGUCCACCGACGAGCAGACCUCGUCCGCUGAGGAGGACGUCCCCACAUGUGGCUACCUGAACGUGCUGUCCAACAACCGCUGGCGGGAGCGCUGGUGCCGGCUGAAGGACAACCAGCUCCUCCUGCACAAGGACCGGGACGACCUGAAGAGCCACAUCGCCUCGCUGCCCCUCCGCGGCUGCGAGGUCAACCCGGGCCUCGACCACAAGCACCCCUUCGCCUUCCGCCUGCUGCGCAACGGACAGGAAGUGGCGGUGCUGGAAGCGUCCUCCUCUGAGGGCAUGGGCCGCUGGUUGGGGGUGCUGUUGGCUGAAACGGGCUCCACCACCGACCCGGCCACGCUGCACUACGACUACAUCGACGUGGAGACCACCGCCAACGUCAUCCAGCUGGCCAAGCAGUCGUUCUGUUUCACUAGCAAGCGAGCCGUCUCCCCGAACCCGUACCUGGACAACCCCGUCAACGGCUACGCCUGCCCCACCGGGAUGGCCCUGCACUACGACGACGUGCCCAUCAACGGAACGCUGAAGGGAAAGAAAGGAGGGCUGAUCAACGGCUUGUCGUCGAAGCAGAAGGCGGCGGCGAAGAGCCAGCCCAAGAAGAACGGGGUCAGCGGGGUCGGCGGGACGAACGGGACGGCGUCCCUCACACGGAACAACUCCAAUGCUGAUCAGUGCAAGUAUGGGAAGAACCGCGUUGAGGCCGACGCCAAGCGCCUGCAGGGCAAGGAGGACGAGCUGAUGAAGAGGAAGCAGGACAUCAGGAACCACCUGACCGUGCUGAAGAAAGAGAGGCGGGACCUACGCAGCGCCGUGGAGGCGGCGGCCGGAAAACGCUCCCAGGCCUCGCUGUCGGAGCGGCUCCAGAAGCUGGAGGAUGAGUGCCGGCUGAAGGAGGAGGAGCGGGUCAACCUGGAGCUGGAGCUGACGGAGGUGAAGGAGAGUCUGAGGAAGGCGCUGAGCGGCGGCGUCACCCUGGGCCUCACCAUCGAACCCAAGGCCGGCUCCUCCAGGCCCGCAGUCCCCGGCCGCCGCCCGCCGCACGCAGGAGUCUUCGCCGUUCUCCAGCUGCGACACCAGCGACACCGAGUCCUGCUCACUGCCCGUCAACAGCGCCUCGCUGCUGCGCCGCCAGCACGGCGCCCACAAGGCCCCGCCCGCCCGCGGACAUGUGCUCCGGAAGGCCAAGGAAUGGGAGCAGAAGAGCGGCACAUAGAGCUUCAGCUCUCUGCAGCUUCACCGUGUUUCAAUGUGUAUAUAUUUAUUUAAAACUGUUCUCACAGUGGGAGAGGAGAGCACACACACACACACACACACACACACACACACACACACACACACACACACACACACACACACACACACACAGCAAGCUUUUGUAAACUUUUCUACUACUCUGCAUGCUAAGUGGUUCCACUGACGUUCCCAGCAGAACACCGUCCUUCCUCUGUCCCGGCCUUCACAGCAGUUUUGACUCCAAGAAAAAAGGAAAUCUCCAAACCAAGUAUUUAUUUGUAAAUGUUGAAAGGAAAUCCCGGCUUCCCUUCAGUUUAUUUAUGUCGAUGUAUUUAAAGUGUUUUUGUGGACUGAAUCCUCAGAGCUGAACCCCGACAGGCUCUUUAAAGAAGCACGGUCAGUCUCCAGACUGGGCUGAACAGCGAGCUCGCAGCAAGCUAGCAGCGAGCUAGCAGCGAGCUAGCAGGUCGCUCUGCCUCUCAGAGCUCACACUCUUACUGGAAGAAACAUGAUUUCAAUAUGUGAACGUCAUUGCUCCAUACAGGAGCAGCCAUGUGAAAGAGUUGCAGUGUGUUUCAUGUAGCAGCUUUAAUCCUGGCAACUCUGUUAUUAUGGCAAUGAAGAAAAAACUACAAGAGAAGUGUUUUCUGUUAGCAUUUCUAAAUGUAAAACCAUCAAAUCAUUUUAGAUAAAUGAAACCUCCCAGCAGCAAACUAAAGCGAGCUGUUAGCAUUUUCAGUGAAGACAUGCUUCUCAGUUGGGACGUUAAUUGUGCUUCUUUAAAGAGUUUUUCUCUCAUUAGGUCGUUAGCAAGACCUGCUAGCAAAGCCCACUAGCAAGGAACGCUAGCAAGGCCUGUUAGCAUGGCCCAUUAGCAGAGCCCACUGGCAGGGUGUUUCAGCACGGCCUGUUAGCGGUGUGUGUUAGCGGUGUGUGUUAGCGGUGUGUGUUAGCGGUGUGUGUUAGCAGUGGGAAACGUUUGGUGGUUCGGACUCAGACGUGAUCCUUCAGUAGGUUCUUUCUUGUCAGAAAGCUGCAGCAGGCGGUCAUCCAUCAUCCAGCAGCCUCAGUCCUGCUACUCUAAUCACUCCACCGUGUGUGUGUGUGUGUGUGUUGUGUGUGUGUGUGUGUGUGUGUGUGUGUGUGUGUGUGUGUGUGUGUGUGUGUGUGUGUGUGUGUCGGAGGCACAUUCCAAACCCAUCCAGAAUACACUGACUGAAAUAGAAGCACUUGCUGUAGACUGAAAUUGCCAUGUCCUGCUAAAUCAAACACUGUGAUUUAGACUUUUAGACUGACACACACACACACACACACACACACACACACACACACUCCGGUUUACGGUGCUUUUCCAAUACCAGCUUUCCAUUGCCCUGCAGAAAGAAGCUUUGCUUUCACAGACACUCUUUCAUGGGUCAGAAAAGUCUGAGAUUUUCCACAGAAUGAAUCAUGUUGGUGAAACUGUGUCUCUGGUCCUGUUGGUCUCACAUCGUCUAAAAUCACAUCCGUGGGAUUUCAUCUGAAAGUGAAAUAUACCUGAUUCCUCUUACAGUUUACCUCUUUGAAAGAUUUAUUUCAAUUAAGUUCAUCUCAAGUUAAAGGUGCUGUAGGCAGGAUUCCGCAUCUCCGCCAUCUUGCUUGGGUUUUCCUAACCAAGAUGGCGAUUUGACCCAUCUGAGAUGGCGAUUUGAAACCCAGCACAGCCAAUCCUGUCCUG